CACUUGGGUUUAUUUUGAUCAGCUGUUUGAGCGGAAAAGCGUAGGACUUUGUGGCGGCCAUUUUGCACGAAACUUUUCCCUGAAAGCUUCCCAAAAUAAGUUUUAAACCAACUGGAAAUAGUACUUCGUAAAGUAACAACGCUUCAUAGAAGUUACAAGGGGAUUUGACGAUCUUUCAAGGUAGAUCGGACGCUCCGAAGUUACGGGACAAUCGCGCCAGAAUUGUCGGAAGAUUAAAUCUAUACCCGAGCUGAAAGGAGACUUGGCGUCUUAACAUCUCUUGAAGAGAGCAGCAACAGUGCAUCUUAAUAAAGGCUUAUGUGAUUCCGCCGGAAAAGCAGAACUAUGACGAACGCCAAUUCAACCACUGUGAAGAAAUCGUUACCAAAUCAGAAACCUAGGCGCAAAAGUGACCCGCGAAAGCCCAAGACCCGAAGCAAACAGAAGAAUGCGGCUCCGGAUACGACACAGGCGAUGAGUACGUUUCCGAGUUCGGGCGACGAAGUGGAAAUAGCGAUCAAUUUGUUUGUUUCAUUGAUCAAGAAACAGCCGCAAGUGCACGAAGCUGUUGUUUGGGAAAACUUUUCAAAUCGACUCUCAGAAGAGCUCAGAAGCAAGUUUGAAGGUCAUUGGUAUCCCGACAAACCCGAAAAAGGAAGUGGUUACAGAUGCAUACGCGUUAAUGGAAGCACUCCCGACUCAUUGGUUCAACGUGUCGCCGACGAUUGCGGAAUACCCUGCAUUCACUCUGUCCUUCCUGCUGAGUUGACGCUAUGGAUUGACCCUGGUGAAGUGAGCUACAGAAUUGGCGAAGAUGGCUCUAUUUGCAGAUACUACCAUUUUGAAAGUGAGCAGCCUCGGUCUGAGGUGAAAAAGAUCCUGACCAGAUCAAGGUCAGAAUCUGCCGAUUCCCAGUAAACACUUGGGUCGGAUUUGGGGAACUUCUUUGUUAUUUGUGGGUUAGUUAUAGUCUGUAAAUGAUUUUAGAACUGCUACGCGUGUAGAUGGCUGCUGUGCUAGAACUUGGAGUAUUCUUUCACCUACGGAUAUGUUUCUUGGUUUUCAGUUGAUUUUGUGCAUCUGUUUAGUUGAUUAUAUUUGACAUCGGUGAUUUACAUUACCAUGGGAUGACGUGCAUUGAAAAAGGUUCGGAUCAGCUCAUGUUCUGCAACUCAUAUUAACGCAAUGAGCUUUGAGGCAGUUAUAUUUCCUUAUCCAUUACCAUUUUUUGCCCGUAUGGCACCAAGUGAGCAGCUACCUAUUAUUACGUCACAGACCUGGUGUUAGGGUCAUCCUCAUUGCCGUGUCUCCUGGUAAUGUUAUCACCUUCUUGUUUUAAAUUGGUCGUAAAAAUGAUUUAGAUUAUCAAAUGCACUUUAAAAUUUUAUGUAAAUUUUGUUUUUAUUAUCUGAGCAUGCUGUUUUGACAUUAUGGGUAAUGCAAUUCAACUUGAGAAGUGAUUUAAGACAUUGAUAAUGCCUGUUUGCUACCAUGUUGCUGGAUUGAAAUGAAUAUAGAGUUAGCAAUGAUAACAUAUUUCAAUAAUUAAAGAUUUUGUUGAAAAUAUAUUGAUGAUCUCUUUAAAACGUGUAAGUGUCAUAGUGUCAUGUUUUAUAUUCGAAAUAAUGACCGCGGCAUGUGAAGGUGCCAAUUGCUUGCUGUUGACCGAACCAGUGCUGCCUCCAAUCCGCAUCGCGUAUAUUUCAUGGCAAGCACCCGUUUUCUCUGGUAACUGAUGCUGCUAAAUCCGAGAAUGACCUUGUAAAUAAUCGAUUGUCUUCAGUAUGUAUAUGCCAUUGCCACAUGUGAUGUAAUCUUGUAAGUGCUAAGAAAUCAUGUAACCAUUGCUGUUGUAUAUUGUAUGUACAAUGUAUAGAGAAUAUAUACAAUAACCCAACCGAUCACAGAGACUGACAUAAUACGUACACAGGAUUUAUCAUUUGCUAGCACGUUAAGCUUGUGAUACCACAACGCCAAGUAACUGCAAGCAAACCGCUUAGAGAAACCAGCUUACUGAGAGAGUGUAGCUUCAAUAAUCUUAAGUUAGCAAUGCCACAGUUUUUGAAGUUCAUAUAAAUGAGAAUUGAUUUGACAUCAACCAAGAACAAUUUUUCCAAGUAUGCUGGUUGUUGUUUUAUUGCGCGUUAUUGCACUAUAUUGGUGCAUGUGGUUAACGAGCAACUUUGACAAAUGACCUCUCUGUAUUUUGAAGAUGAAUUGGUAUUUACUGAGCCUAGUGUCAUUUUAACGAGCCACUGUUUUAAAGUGGUUUCCAUAAGCCAAGCAGUACUUGGAAGGCAACCGGCAUUCUUAAGUAAUCCCAUGAUCAGUGCUUGCCGUUUCAGCAAAAACAUCGUUUCCAAGAAAUUGUUUGUCAGCAGCAAACUGAAAUAGUUCGAUUUUAUUCCUGAAACAUUUAGAAAUGAAGAACUGCUUAUAAAUUCGUUUUGAAUAAAACAUUUUUGAAGAAUCUGAAAAGGUUUUGCGCUGUGUAAUGAAAUAGGAGUUGGGUUAGCUUUCUUCUUAAUGUUUGGCUUAUUCCCAUCCAAAUUUACCCCCCAGAUGUAUAGAACAGUAUACUAACUAGUAUGAUAGUGCGCUACAAUAUUCAUGAUAAUUUCGCUCUCACUUUGUAAACAACGUCAAGGCUAGCCCUUGAAGUUUGUAGAUUUUAGGCCUAGAGGUGGUCGUGAAUGCCCUUAUUUCCCAACCCUUUCCCAACCACCCGGUUAGAGAUGGGUUUUCUUAUAUUCUUUUAUGAUGACGAAAUGUUUCAUUCCCUUCAAGAUGCUGAUUUGGAGAAAGAAGAAAGAAGCGAUACUUUGGUGUGGCUUCUGAAUUAUAACAUAGAGCUAAAAUGUAACAUAUUUUUGAACUGGCAAUUUGGAGACAGAAGCCAGUUGCCCCGCUAUGAAUCGGCCAAUAGCUAUAAAACAGGGCACGUUGUAAUCGCAUUUAUUUAACUGGGGUUCGUUGAACACAGAUUGAGUGUCCACGCCACCACUGCCUACUCUAAAUUUGUUGCCUUUAUCGUGUAGUGUCUUUCGUUUAAAACCUUACGCAAAUUGAUA